CCCCCCCGCCCGCCGCCUUCGCUCCCGCCCCCUCCUAGCUCUGGUGCGGGCAGCUCCCGCAAUGGCUGCACUGCGGAGGCUCCUGUGGCCGCCGCCUCGGCUCCCGCCUCCGCCCUGCCCUCACCAUCUCUUUCCUGGGCUGUGGGGGCGGCCUGCCGGGGUAGCCCCGAGCCCGGCCGGCCGGCCCUUCUCCUGCCGGGAGGAGGAAGAGGGGGCUGUGGCUGAGGAGGCUUGGAGGCGGCGGAGGCGCUGGGGGGAGCUGAGCAUCGCGGCAGCGGCCGGCGGGGGUCUGGUCGGCCUUGUGUGCUACCAGCUGUAUGGGGAUCCUAGGGCCGACUCCGCAUGGACGCCCACCCCGGGGCGCCUCUCGGAGACCUCAGCCGCAGAGCCGGAGGACCCGCCCCGCGGCCGGGGUCUGCUUCCCAUCCCGGUGGCGGCUGCCAAGGAAACGGUUGCUAUCAACCGAACAGACAUUGAAGACUUAGACCUCUAUGCUACAUCUCGGGAAAGAAGAUUUCGUUUGUUUGCUUCUAUAGAAUGUGAAGGACAGUUAUUCAUGACUCCAUAUGAUUUUAUUUUGGCUGUUACAACAGAUGAGCCCAAAUUUGUUAAAACAUGGAAGUCACUUACCAAACAGGAAUUAAAUCAAAUGCUCUCAGAAACACCACCAGUUUGGAAAGGCUCAUCAAAGCUUUUUCGUAAUCUUAAAGAAAGAGGUGUGAUUUCUUACACAGAGUAUCUUUUUCUUUUAUGUAUUUUAACAAAGCCACAUGCAGGUUUUAGAAUAGCUUUCAACAUGUUUGACACUGAUGGCAAUGAGAUGGUGGAUAAAAAGGAGUUUUUGGUGCUUCAAGAGAUAUUCAGGAAAAAAAAUGAAAAGAGAGAAACAAAGGGAGAUGAAGAAAAGCGUGCAAUGCUGCGUCUUCAACUUUAUGGAUACCAUUCUCCUACUAAUAGUGUACUUAAAACAGAUGCUGAGGAACUUGUCUCCAGAAGCUAUUGGGAUACACUGAGACGUAAUACAAGCCAAGCACUCUUUUCAGACCUCGCAGAGCGUGCUGAUGACAUUACAAGUUUAGUAACAGAUACUACACUUCUUGUACACUUUUUUGGAAAGAAAGGAAAAGCUGAACUCAACUUUGAAGAUUUUUAUAGAUUCAUGGAUAACCUACAGACAGAAGUCCUAGAAAUAGAAUUCCUUUCUUACUCUAAUGGGAUGAACACUAUCAGUGAAGAAGAUUUUGCUCAUAUUCUUUUACGAUAUACAAAUGUGGAAAAUACAGCAGUAUUUUUGGAAAAUGUGCGUUAUAGUAUACCUGAAGAAAAGGGCAUCACGUUUGACGAAUUCAGGUCAUUUUUCCAGUUUUUGAACAACUUGGAAGACUUUGCAAUAGCCUUGAAUAUGUAUAAUUUUGCAAGUCGUUCUAUAGGGCAAGAUGAAUUUAAACGUGCUGUCUAUGUAGCUACUGGCCUCAAACUUUCACCACAUUUAGUGAACACAGUCUUCAAGAUUUUUGAUGUUGACAAAGAUGAUCAAUUAAGUUAUAAAGAAUUUAUUGGAAUUAUGAAAGACAGACUCCAUCGAGGAUUCCGGGGUUAUAAAACAGUGCAGAAGUAUCCCACUUUCAAGUCCUGUCUAAAGAAGGAACUUCAUAGCAGAUAAGUAUGUACUUCCAAGGCAAAGUUUUAAAGAUUAUUAUCUACACGACAAUGCAAGCAGCACAAAUUUUAGUGAGUGGAAGCAGGUCUGAAAUCAGAACACGUAGAAAUGAAGGAAAAGAUGAAAUGUUAAUUAUAAUUUGUCUUGACUGAAUUCUUGAACAUAAGACACAUAAAAUACAUCUUCUCACUAACUAUACCUGUUAAUGUGUUACCAAGUUGAGCUUUUGCCUUGAUUUACUGAACUCUGUGUACUUUUUCAUUCCCUUCAGAAGUAUGUAGAUACUUCCAAUGACUAUGUAAGAAUGUAUUUUAAAUAUUUUUUAUUUAUUAGACAUUUCCUCAUUUCAAAAUAACGUAUGAGUCGUGGAAUCUAGAUCCCUUAAAAAUUAACAGCAACAACAUAUUUUCUUUGGUUUUGGACUGUGAACUUAUUUUCAGAAAAUGAAUAUUCCCUGAGAUUUAUUUUAGGACCUUUAGAAUUGUUGAUAAAUUCCCAUUAUUACCAAGUUUUUAAUUACAUAAAAAUAAUUUUGAAAAACAAAUAGAAAUUAAGCUACUAUAUAAUCUACUGUGAUGGUUUACAUUGUACUUUUAAUGUUUAAAAGUACUUAACAUACAUUAUGUGAAUCAUAUAAAGUUUUUGAAAGUUUUUGUUCAUUUACCAAAGUCAUCAGAAUGUCUGGUAUUCUUGUAUAUAGUAAGGAAAUUUAAAAUGUAGAUUUUUUUUUCCCCUCCAAAAAGUCCCAUCUUGCUGGUGGAAACAGUAGCAUUUGUAGCAGCCGCCCCUGUCCUUGCCGUUAUGGUCUUGAACACACUGCUACUCCUGACCGCGGAUGGCAGACUUUCCUAACACUAGUCAGAAUAGUCUCCUGCAGCUUUGUGAGUUACUGCAUAGUGUUAGCCCUCUAGUGAGUACUAUAAAACACAAAUAUAAAAUGGUAUAGAAGAGUGAUGUAUAUAUUUGGUAGAAGUUAAUAUUUUGUUUUUUGUGAGAGGACCACAUGCAGAAGUGAUGCCAGACAGCCAGUAAUAAAGAAUAAUUUAAGUGUAAGUCAUUGUUUCAAAACAGUGUGACUUACAGAGAAAAGAAAAGCUUUCUAGUAAGAAACAAAAUUAGACUUUCACAUGGAGAAAAUAAUUCGAGAGUACUUAAUGGAAGUCUGUUCACUUAAAAAGUGUAGUUUAUAAAAGAAUACUGUACAAAAAUAAAAGAAUGAAUUUAAGUUAAUAUAUUUAUAUUAUAUGUGGAAGAUAAGUUCAUUUAUCUUCUUUUCUAAGAUGUAUUUAAUGUAAAUGAACACACUCCAACUAUUACCUUGCUUUUGCCUAUGAAAAUGGGAAAUACUUUGUUUGUGUAAGUUAUUAAUGUGAAAUUGAUAGUUCUGUAUCCACCCAUUUAUAAAAAGUAAUGUUAUUUCCAAGAAAAUGUUAUUAAUGUUGACCAUGUAUUUGUUAAACUUUUUACAUUCUUUAUCUGGUAUUAUUUAUUACAUUGUUAUAGAAAUAUAUGAUUCAUGGAUUUUAAGAUUCCAUAUCGUAUAAUAAUUUAAUUUCACAUGCUUUGAAGGGUUGAUUCAAUUGAUUGACGAAAUGAAAGUGCCAACUCACUCAUUUUAACAUGCCCCAAGGUCAGAUAUACCUUACACUGGACGUUUUCAACAUUAAUUAUUUGCUAUCAAGCAUAACUGAAAAAAAUGCAAUUUACUUUUAUCUUUAAGUUAUAUUAUCUUGCCUAACAUGGAGAAAUUGCUAUUGAGAACAGUUCUAUAAAUAGAGAUUUAAAAAUGAACUAGCUCAUUAAAAUUCUUUAUAAUUCUGUCACUCUCCCAAGGCAUACCACAUAUGCAGUCUUUUUUGCUUUUCAUUGUAGAUGAAUAUUUCUCUAUAAGGCUGCAGCAUAAUAUUAAAAUGGGAAUAAAUAAAAUAUUCUGAUAAAAUGAGAAAAAGUAGUAAAUUACAGUGAUUCCCUCUAUAUUAUCACUGUUGAACCUUAUCAUUUAUAAAAUGGGAGGUGAAAAUCUCUUACUGGAUUGUUGUUUACAUCAAUUAAAAAAUUUUUAAUGCUUUGAAAAUAUUAACAGACUAAAUAUAUGUAUGCUGUGAUUCUCAGUAUUUCCUUCUAUAAAUUAUUCUGUGGAAACAUGAAGCUAGACAUAAAUUUUAGUAUCAUACUCUCUACAGAAAGUCUAUAUGUUAAAAGGUUUAUGCUAUUUCUCAGAAUCAUUUCAUAUUAAGAAAUUCAUUUAACUUAAGUUUAUUGUUCUUAUUAUAAAGUAUGAUUGUAAAGCAAGGUGUUGUACAUUCUUAAAUUAUCUUAAAAUUACUAUCCCUGCCCUUGAGUAGAGCAGCUUAGUACUUAGUUUUUAUGUAUAUCUGUGGAUUGAUGUCUUUCUGAAAAAUGUCACCUCCGAACAUUGAAAAUUUUUGUUGAUAACCAAACCUUUGAUCUUAGACCCUCUGGUAUAGCAAUACAUGCCAGUGAGAUUAAUCUCAUCGGUAUCUGAAUAAAUGUAAAUAAACUACAGAGCCACAAGCUUCUCAAACUGUAAAAUAGGAAUUCAUAUAUUAUAGAAUUUUAGUUGUGCUGGAAAGCUUUUCAGAAAGUUUCAUGUGAUUUAACGUAGUAUCAGUUUUGCUUUACAGAAGUGAUUGUUUAAAUGUCUUAUAAUAAUUAAACCAGCACUACAACAGAUCUUGUUUUACUCAUGUUGGUACUUGGUAGGCAUCGUUUUACUAAGACAACUCCUACUCUUUUAUAGCUAUAUAUUAACAUUUUACAUAGUGCUUUUACUUCCAUAGGCUGUAAAAAUAUGAAUUGUAUAAUAUUCACUAAUGUUAAAAUAAAAAUCCUAAGUGAUAAGAAA